AUGGGUUAUUCGACUGUAACAUCAUUUGUUGCAGUUCAAUUUUUAUAUCGCUAUUGGAUUAUGAUGAGGUACAGUUUCAUUCAAACAUCUGAUUCAGAUUUUAACGUUUUCAGCGAUUGGAAAACGAAACUUUUUGAUGGUUGGAGAAUUAUUUUCAGUUUGAUAUAUUCUUUUGGUUGUGGUGCAGUUUAUGGAUCAGCAAUUUAUUGGUUAUAUCCAAUGGAUGAAGAACAGAAACAAUAUUUGAGAAAAGAAAUGUUCGAAAACUAUAACGCAUCGAUUGAAAAUAUUCCGGGCUUUGUUGUGGUUGGCUAUGAAACUGAAAAUAAUCAACAAGCUAGAAAAGAGGGAAUGAAAUGUAUUUCUAUUUUAUUGACAGUUAUGGUUGUUCAAUAUUCUAUUAUGGUGUAUUCUGGAAUUCAAAUGCAUUUAAAAUUGAAAUGCCAAAUUAGAUCAUUGUCAAUUCCUGAUAAACAUCUUCAAAAGCAACUUUUAAAAGCAUUAAUCAUACAGGUAAAUACUGAAGAUUAAUUCUUAAAUUUUAAAACAAAAUUCCAGAUAACUUCUCCGUCUCUACUGUGUUGUAUUCCUUUAGUUCCAAUAUUAGCCGGACCUUUCUUUUUCAAAAAUAUUUCAUUUCCAAGUGGAAUAUUUGUAACACCGUUCACCAUAUUUCCUUCAUUAGAUAGCCUAAUUUUAAUGAUUGUUGUGACCGAAUAUCGCGAUUAUAUUUCAUCAAUUUGGAGAAAAAGAAGUCUUGAAAUAACAUAUACACACAGUGUUUCAUGGGGAGGAUUAACAAAUUGA